CCGCGCGCUGCGGGUGCUCACUGCCCUGCGCCCCGCCGCCUGGUGAAGGCCGGAUUUGACAGCCGGAAGUGCCCGAAGAGAUCACACAGGGCGGCACGGGGGAAACUGAGGCCGAGCGGAGCACUCGGGCGCCUCCUGCCUUCCUGCCCCGAGCCUACCCGGCUCUUUGAUGAAUGAGGGUGCUGGCCGGGCCGCGGGAGAACUGCACUUUCCCCGGCCCCUCGCGCCCUCUCUAGGCGCGCACUGGGUGAAGAACAACCUUUCAUGUGGACCACAGGGCCCUGCACCUGCGCCUGGUCUAGGCCUCUGACCCAUUUCAGAAACUGUGUCAGUAGUCCGCUGUGCCCAGGAAUCCUGCACCGUGCCACCCUAUGGACCCAAGGGCUGGUUUUUCUGGUUUGCUCCCCCAGGGUGAUUUACAUAAUUCUUUAAAGACUCCUCCGGAGCCGGAAGCCGAGUAACCUGUUUUCAGACUUAGAGAGAGGGGAGCCCCACGGUUGUUUCUCCAAAAUCUGGGGCUGGGAAUGGCCACAUGGAGCAGGCCAAGCCAGAGGCAGCCUCAGGGCCCCAAGCCAGCUGCAGAGGGGGAGCCCCACGUGCCCCUGUGCCAGGAGCUGACAGAGGCCAACCGCUUCACCUAUGCUGCCCUCUGUGGCAUCUCUCUGUCCCAGCUGUUUCCAGAACCUGAGCAGAGUUUCUUCUGCACAGAGUUCAUGGCAGGCCUGGUGAAAUGGCUGGAGUUAUCCGAAACCGUCCUGCCAACCAUGACAGCUUUUGCCAGUGGCCUGGGAGGUGAAGGAACAGACACGUUUGCUCAGAUUUUGUUGAAGGACCCCGUCCUGAAGGGCGACCCAUCACUGAUCACCCAGGACCUUCUGAGCUUCUCACUCCAGGAAGGGCGCUAUGAUGCCCGGGCCAGAGUGCUCGUUUGCCAUAUGACCUCCCUGUUACAAGUGCCCUUGGAGGAGCUGGAUGACCUUGAAGAGACCUUCCUCGAAAGCCUGAAGGAAACCAAAGAUGAGGAAUCUGAAACUGCUGAGGCUUCCCGGAAGAAGAAAGAAAAAAGGAGGAAAUGGAAGCGUUACCUGCUGAUAGGCCUGGCGACUGUCGGAGGCGGGACCGUGAUCGGUGUGACUGGGGGUCUCGCUGCCCCGCUUGUGGCCGCCGGAGCUGCGGCAGUCAUCGGCAGUGCUGGGGCAGCGGCCCUGGGCUCAGUGGCCGGCAUAGCUGUCAUGACCUCACUGUUCGGUGCAGCUGGAGCUGGCCUGACAGGGUACAAGAUGAAGAAGCGUGUCGGGGCCAUUGAAGAGUUCACGUUCCUUCCUCUGACGGAGGGCAGGCAGCUGCACAUCACCAUUGCCAUCUCUGGGUGGCUUGCAUCUGGCAAAUGUCGCACCUUCAGUGCCCCAUGGGCAUCCCUGGCCCACAGCCGCGAGCAGUACUGCCUGGCCUGGGAAGCCAAGUACCUGAUGGAGCUCGGCAAUGCCCUGGAGACCAUCCUCAGUGGCCUCGCCAACAUGGUGGCCCAGGAGGCACUCAAGUACACCGUGCUGUCUGGCAUCGUGGCCGCCCUGACCUGGCCGGCCUCACUCCUCAGCAUCGCCAGCGUCAUUGACAACCCCUGGGGGGUGUGUCUCCGUCGGUCGGCAGAGGUUGGCAAGCACCUAGCCCACAUCCUGCUCUCCCGGCAGCAGGGCCGGCGACCUGUCACCUUGAUUGGCUUCAGCCUGGGAGCCAGGGUCAUCUACUUCUGUCUGCAAGAGAUGGCUCAGGAGAAAGAUUGCCAAGGGAUCAUCGAGGACGUGGUGCUGCUGGGUGCGCCAGUGGAAGGAGACCCCAAGCACUGGGAGCCCUUCCGGAAGGUGGUAUCUGGGAGGAUCGUCAAUGGCUACUCCAGGGGAGACUGGCUGCUACGCUUCGUGUACCGCACGUCUUCCGUGCAGCUCCGCGUGGCCGGCCUGCAGCCUGUGCUCCUGCAGGACCGCAGGAUGGAGAACGUGGACCUGUCCUCCGUGGUCAGCGGCCACCUGGACUACGCCAAGCAGAUGGACGUCAUCCUAAAGGCCAUGGGCAUCCGCACCAAGCCACACUGGGGAGAGAAGGGGCUCUUACUGGCCCCGGGCAGCCAGUCCCAAGAGGAGCCUCGCCAGGCCGCAGCCACCUCCUCAGCAGACCAGAUCCCCCACCAGGAUGGGCAAACCCAGGAGCCUGCACCUGGAGACACCCCCAAAGUGGCUGAGUCCCCUGACCCCAGCCACACCCAGGUGCCGGCAGAGCCAGAGGAGUCUGAAGGGGCCUCGCUUCCGGCUGGCGCAGGCCCGGCAGAGAACACCCAUACCUGCAGCCACGGUGUGGGCCCCAACCCACUAGGCUGCCCCGAGUGUGCCCACGAGACCCAGGGGCCCUGCCCAGGGCUGGACUGACCCCAGCGGGGACCUGAGCUUUACAUGCAGCUCUCUUCUACCACCCGGGCCCGGGUGAGCUCUGAAGGUGGGGAUUUCUACAAGUGCCUUUGUGAGUGGAGAGAACGAGGGUGGAAGGGAAUUAAAGGAAGCAGAAUCGGGGGAUAAAACGUCACCUCUCCAGGGAGGCGAGGGCAGAGACCCGCGAGGCCAACCCGAGGCUCUGGACUCCCCGCACUUCGAGCCCCGCUGAGGGGCCUGGCUGUCCCUCAGGGGCUCCGGGGGAUUUGUGGGGCCAGAGUGAAGCCGGGAGUCCGCCUGCUCUUCCACCCACUCUCUGGUGCUGCCUGGGCCACCCGCAGAGCAGGCCCAGAUGCCAAGGGAACAGCUUCCUCUCACUGCGUCUAGAUCCGAUCAGACCUGUCUGGUACAGCCACUCAGGCUGCGCACUGCACAAUACAGGGGCAGAAGUCACAAAGAUGUGACACGAACAGCGCCGUGAAGGUGUGCGGCAUGGUGGGUCUGGAUGUAGCCGUAACAGGACAGGAAGACUGUGUGGGAUCAGCAAGCAGUGCGGUGGGGGCCUGGUGACAAUGGGUUACACGGGGGAAGGAUGUCCUGUAGCAGGAACACGUGUGAUACCAAUAAUAAACAGUACCAGCAGCCACCAUGUGUUGAGUGACUA